UUCCCUCUUUCUCCGUCGUCGUUACCAAAACACCGCAAGCUGGUCACCUCCCCGGCUUCGAUUCUCUUCUCCAUAUAAUAAUAAUAAUAGUCUUCUGCCUUCCGCCCGCACCAAAAAAAAAAUCUUGAAUUAAACAGAAGGCAUGGAUAGAUCUGUGAACCUGCUGGAUGUAGCCUUAGGGUUUGGUGAGCACCAGGUAUCUGAUCAAUCGCCACUAAGUGGGAAGGUAGUGGUGAUAGAAGACUGUGUGGAGACGAGUGGUUCGUUCGUCCUUCACCAGAUCAUGAAGCGUCUUCUCUCCCCUCCUUCCUCCUCUCAUUCCCUCAUCUUUCUCGCCUUUGCUCGCCCUUUCUCUCAUUACGAUCGUAUCCUCCGUAAACUGGGAUGCAAUCUAGCCGCUCAAAAGGCAAACAAUCGGUUGGUUUUCGUCGACAUGCUCAUGAUGAAAUGCUCUGAUGGUGAAGAAGACAAUGUGAGUGCAGUUGCAAAACUAUUUCGGGAGAUACAAGCAACGGUUAGAAAGUUACGCAGCGUGACUGAUACCAACAUUACUGUUAUGGUCGAUGACAUGUCUCUCCUCGAAAUUUCUGCCACCAAUUCACAUCACGUCUUGGACUUCCUUCAUUACUGCCACACCUUAACUUCUGAUAGCAAUUGUUCGCUGGUCAUUCUCAAUCAUGAAGACAUUUACUUGAGCUUGGAGAGACCUGCGUAUUUGCUGCAGAUGGUAUGCCUUGCGGAUGUUGUCAUUAAAGCAGAGCCUUUAGCCUCUGGUUUAGCUAAUGACGUUCAUGGCCAACUUACAGUUCUGAACAAGGGGAUAAGCAGCAAUUCGAGGAACAAGUUGCAGAAUUUUCAAUUCAGGAUCAAGGAAAAUGGCAUCGAGUAUUUCUACCCUGGUUCUAGAACCUGAGGAUUGGAGACGGUUUUCAUGUUGUAUGUUAGUGAGAUGCAGCUAAGACAUUGUUUAUGUAUGUGUGGAAGAAGCUAUUUGAUGCAUUUCGGUUUGAAAGAUUCUUUGACUCUGCCCACCAUUCUUUUACUCUUUGAGAUCUCAACCACUUCUGUUUUUCUUUUUUAAAUUUGGUUUCAACGGAAUUUAUUUUGCACUUGGCCUAA